AUGAAAAGAUGGAGAGAUGGAAGAGCAGGGAUAUUGCUGCCAUUGGCCUUCCUGCUACCCUGGGCACACAGUUCACUGGCAUUAACAUGCGGCCAGAGGGUAAGCGCCAGAUCUCAACAACACCAUCAUGUCUCUCCUAUCGUGGGAGGGGAACCCACGGACAUCUUGGAGUUCCCAUGGCACGUGGGGAUUAUGAGCCUUGGCAAUCAUCUCUGUGGGGGAUCAAUUCUCAGUGAGUGGUGGAUUCUAACUGCGUCCCAUUGCUUCCUCCAAGUCAACAACUCUAACCUGGAGAUCAUGCACGGGCGAGAUGACUUCAACAACACGGAGAACUUGAAGUAUAAGAAAGUGGACAAGUUAAUCAUGCACCCGAGGUUUGAUAGUUGGCUGCUGGACAAUGACAUAGCUUUGCUCUUGCUCGAAUCCCCACUAAACCUGAGCAUCAACAGUGUGCCCGUCUGUGUUUCAGAAGUCUCCAACAUACUGGCAUGGGAUAACUGCUGGGUGACAGGAUGGGGCAUUACCAAUACCAGUUUACUAAACAUCCAACCCUCAAAGCUGCAUAAAGUCAAUGUGGAGCUGUUCAGAUGGGACCAGUGUGGCCAUAUUAUGCCUCUAGUAACCAAGAAUAUACUGUGUGCUGGGGCUCAAGAUGCUGGGAAGGAUGCCUGCCAGGGUGACAGUGGAGGACCUCUGGUUUGCAACAAAAAGAGAAACAGAACCACUUGGUACCAGUUGGGAAUUGUCAGCUGGGGCGUGGACUGUGGCAGGAAGGACAUACCCGGAGUAUACACCAAGGUGUCGUACUACCUGAAGUGGAUUAGAAGGAAGACAGCGGAGGCAGGGAAACCUUAUGUGUACGUGGAAGACUCUGCAUGCCCUUUGCAGAUCGCUUGCUGGACUAUUGUAUUUCUGUAUUUCAUGAUGCUCUAA